GACAUUGGCGAACGAAAUCAAAACCACCAUAAGAAAACUAUGUAGCUUACUCAAAAACCACCAUAAAAAAAGAAAGAAGAAGAACUAUGUAGCUUGCUACCCUCCGUAGGAGUAAUAGUGUUCUAUGCUUGCUACACUCAUAGAUAAGAUGGCUACACUACAUAUUUAUUAAGAAGAACAACAGAACAAAAACUGGCUUUUGGUCGUAGAUUUGGCGUAAUCGUAAAUUCUAAGAGGAUUUAAUCUGCAAACUAACGUAAAGAAUAUGGAUUUGGAAACACUUUGUAUUGUAUGUUUAUGUAGCAAUAGGAAAAUGUUUGAAAUUCCAUUGCCCUUACAUAAUAUUACCAAAAUGAUAUUACCUGAAUUGGAAAUAUCGAGACUAUGUUGGGAGUGUUUAGCUAGUUUAAAACAUUCAUAUAAGUUAAGGCGAAAGGCAUUAAACGCUAAACAACUAUUAGAUAAAGUAGCAGAGGAAUGUACAUUGGAUGUCUCACUACAAAGCAAAACUGAUUUGGGAACAUCUUACAUAUUUGCCGUCUCCAUCUGUGAUGAUGAUAGAAUUAAUACUGAAGAAACUAGAGUUACCAAUACUAACCUAUUAGAUAAAGAAUCCUCACCAAAGACUUAUAAUAUUAAAAUAUUGAAAGAAGAUAAAGAGUUUUGCGAAAAUGAUUUGACUCAAGCAUUUAAAAGAUCUUCAAGCUUUAAUGUUAAUAAUAUCAGAAAUUCAAUACUUCUAGAGAACGGUGAAGCAAAAAAUUUGAAGAGAAGUAAGCAAAUGAAAUUAAAAACUAAGAGAAAAAAGAAAAUAACUCCCUUCAAGCAGUACACGUGCAGUGAAUGUAAAGUUACAUUUGAAAGCAGAGGCAAAUAUGAGUAUCACAGGCAAAAGCAUCGCGGGAGGGUUCAAUGCUCGAUUUGUAGUCGAGAUUUUUCAAGCCGGAGUGCCCUUACAGCACACCGCAGUGUCGUGCACACUGCACAUCCUCAAAGUGAUGAUGGUUUCAGACAUUACUGCAAGCCGUGUGCGAAAUUCUUCAAAACAAGUUGCAGCUACCGGAAACAUCUUCGAACAUCCAUCCGCCAUAUAAAUCCGGAAUCUCUGCGUUUCUCAUGCCAAGUUUGCGCCAAGCGCUUUGUCCGCUGCAAGGAGCGCGACGAACACCACGAGCGUGUUCACUUGCAACGCAACCGGCUGCAGUGCGCGCGCUGCCCGCGCCGCUACUGCAGCCAGCGCGCGCUUCGUUCGCAUGAGAGGACACGGCAUACUGCUGCUGUUGUGAAGAAGGAUUUCGUUUGCGAGAUUUGCGGUGUAAGCUUUAAGACGGCGCAAAUACUAAAAGGCCAUCAGCGUAUUCACACCAAAGAAAUGACAUCAAUAGAAAAGAAAGAUGCAAAUGAAAAUACUU